UUUUGUUUCACAUCCGGGCUCUUGUAUCAUGGCUGCGCCUAGGUAAAUGGAAAUGUAUUACCCGCACUUGCCAGUGUAGUUGAUUUCCACUUUGUUAUAUCCGUUGCGUAGUUCCAUACAUUCAGUCAUUCGUGUUUAGUUAGCGGAACUAUGGACGUUGUAUUUUCAAUGUUUUUUCUAUUGUUGAUAUGUACAUUUUCUGUUGGUGAAAAUCAAAGUGAGGCAAAAGCCAGCGGCGAUGCCGACAGGCCAAGCAGCUCCAACUUGUACAAGGAACCCUCAGAGUCAUUCAUUUGGGAUGCAAAUGGUUAUAUAAUUUUUUGCCCGUGCAUGGGUCGUUUUGGAAAUCAAGCAGACCACUACUUGGGUGCACUGGGAUUUGCAAAAGCUUUGGACAGAACACUGGUUCUUCCACCCUGGAGAACAUAUAAAAACGUUCCAUUCAAUGACUGGUUUAAAGUGGAGCCAGUGAAAGAGUACCACAGAGUAAUUUUAGCAGAGGACUUCAUGCAGCACCUGGCACCAGAACACUGGCCACCAGGGCAGCGCUUUGGCUGGUGCUGGCAAGCUCCAUCAGUCAAAGAUAAGAAAUGUGGAAUGAAACAAGGUAAUCCCUUUGGACCUUUCUGGGAUGGACUGAAUGUUGAUUUUGAUGACUAUGUCUUUUAUGAUCUCACAUAUGAAGAGAGUUACAUUGAUAAAUGGAAAUCCAUGUACCCUCCUGACAAGUACCCUGUCAUGGCAUUCAAAGGGGCACCUGCCAGGUUUCCUGUGGCACAGAGACACGUAAAGCUACACAAGUAUUUCCAGUGGUCAGAGGCAAUAGAAAAAGAAGCUCAGGACUAUAUAAGUAAAACAUUCCAAGGCGAUUCAUUUAUUGGUAUUCAUCUAAGGAAUAAUGUUGACUGGGAGCGUGCCUGUGAGCAUGCAGAUGGUCUUCCUACCUACAUGGCAUCACCACAGUGUCUGGGGUAUUCAGGGGCUGAUAGAAAAGUUACAGUGAAGAUGUGCUUUCCACCAAAAGAAGAAAUUCUCAGAUUGACCAAAAACAUUUUGAUAAAGACCAGGGCCAAGCAUAUUUAUGUAGCAACAGAUAAAAACCCUAUGAUUAAAGAAAUAGAAGAUCAUUUGAAACCACAAAAGGUAAAAGUACACCACCUUGACCCCUGGCUACCACAGAUAGAUCUAGCCAUCCUUGGACAGGCUGACCACACCAUCCUUAACUGUAUUUCUUCGUUUUCUGCUUUUGUGAAAAGAGAAAGAGACAUAAGUGACAAACCAAGUUCAUUUUGGGGAUUUAGCUGAGAUGCCCUGAAAAAAAGCAAUUUUUAAAAAAUUAGUUUCCAUCAUCUCUUUAAUAUUAUACAUUUGAUGUGAACCAUUACUGUGAAGUUACCAAGCGGGCACUUUAUUGCUUAACUGGUUUUUUUUUAGUGUAACGGUGUCAUGUAGAUCUGCUGGCUGUGAGCUGUUCAACCAAAUAUGCAAUAAUAUAUAUGGUUUUUGACAAUAGCAGAAUACAGACAUGAUUUUUAAACUAUUGGCAAUAAAUAUUUUUAUACA